AUGCUUGUAAAAGAAGAUAAGAUUUUUCUUCUUUUGACUUUAACAAACUUCUGUUUGCUCCGAUGGAUAGAAAUCUUAUCUAGUUGGAUAUAAUUGUUGACGAUGAAAUAAAACAAGCUGUUGGCUUUACCUGUCCCUGUAAAAGACUGCAAAAAAUGUGGCAUAUGCUUUUAAUAAAAAAACACUGAAGAUAAGACAAAUAAACUUUAAAAAAAAUAGUUUGAUGAUGACCUUGACAUGCAAUUAUAAGCUUUUAGUUAUUAUCAUGCAGACAAUGGCUUGAUGGUGUAUUUAUCUUAUAUGAAAGAGUCUACAUCCAUAUUUGUUUUGAGAAGCUUUAAUAUGUGUAGGCUUCUGGAUAUUCCUCCAUCAUCAUAUGCUAAUAUCAAAAUAUCAAGAGAAUUGAUAUCGUCUGCUCAUCGACCACCUGUGGCUGGACCAAUGAUAAAUCAACUCAUACACUUCCACAGACUUUUUGAUUACCAGAUCAGACUUGCCCUGAGGUACCGCACAUACCGUCUGAUCACUGAUUCGCACAGUGAAGUAUAUACUGCUGAUCCGUUAAAUGUUGAAUACAUCCUGAAAACAAACUUCCCUAACUAUGGAAAGGGAAAGUACAAUCGUGGUAUAAUGAAAGAUCUUUUUGGUGAAGGGAUUUUUGCUGUAGAUGGGAAGAAAUGGCGUCACCAAAGAAAGCUUGCCAGCUAUGAGUUCUCAGCCAAAGUCCUCAGAGACUUCAGCUGCUCUGUGUUUCGAUCUAAUGCUGCUAAACUUGCUUACAAGGUUCAUGUAGAAGCACUGGCUAGUAGAGAGAUGGAUUUACAGGAUAUGCUAAUGAAAUCAGCUAUGGAUACAAUGUUUAAGGUGGGAUUUGGGGUUGACCUCGAUACUCUAUCUGGAUCAGAUGAAAUCAGUAAUCAAUUUAUCAAAGCCUUUGACGACUCCAAUGUGAUUGUAUAUUGGAGAUAUGUCGAUGUAUUCUGGAAAGUGAAAAGGUUUCUUAACAUUGGCCUGGAAAGAAAUCUCAAGGAGAACAUCAAAGUCAUCGACAAUUUUGUUUACAACUUGAUCCACCACAAGAGGGACCAGAUGAGGAACGAAGAGGGUGCAAAAGAGGACAUACUAUCGAGGUUUCUAAUUGAAAGUGAAAAGGAUAGAGAGAACAUGACUGAUGAGUAUUUGAGGGACAUAAUUCUCAGUUUUCUCAUCGCGGGGAAGGACACGUCAGCAAACACUCUUGCUUGGUUCUUCUAUAUGUUAUGCAAGCAUCCACUGAUUCAAGAAAAGGUGUUACAAGAUGUGAAAUCAGCUACAGAGGUGAGAGAUGAAUUAUCUGUUGAUGAAUUUGUGCUCGAGUUGAGCGAGAUAGCUGUGGAUAGGAUGCAAUAUCUACAUGCAGCUCUUACAGAGACUCUCAGGCUAUAUCCUGCAGUUCCUGUGGAUGGGAAGUGUGCAGACGAAGAUGACAUUCUGCCGGAUGGCCACAGAAUAAAGAAAGGUGACGGCAUAAGCUACAUGGCGUAUGCAAUGGGGAGAAUGCCGUAUAUAUGGGGAGACGAUGCUGAGGAAUUUCGCCCCGAGAGAUGGCUUCAAGAUGGGCGUUUUCAGGGUGAAAGCCCUUUUAAGUUCACUGCCUUUCAGGGUGGGCCUAGAAUAUGCCUGGGGAAGGAAUUUGCAUACAGGCAAAUGAAGAUUAUAGCAGCAACGCUUGUGAUGUUUUUCAGAUGGAAGCUUGUGGAGGAGAGUAGGAAUGCCACUUACAGAACUAUGUUCACUCUUCACAUGGACAAAGGCCUCCCUCUCUAUGCAUUUCCUCGCUUUACUCCUUAGUUACUGUUUGCUGCUCUCUCAAAUUCUCAUCACUUGUAAUCUUUUCUAAACUUUCAAUUACUAAUCACACAAUUAUAUUUGAUGGUUUUGGUUGUUACCUACUUC